UUCAAUAAUUCGUCAUCAGCUAAAGUACAAUUCCAAUACGGAAACACUUAUUACUUGCUUUGGAGUUUAGUAGAGUAAGAGCCUACGAAAAUGGCAACAUUGUUUAAGUUGGCAUGUGUUGUUCUAGCUUGUAUGGUCAUGGUUGCACCAUAUGCAGCUGAAGGUGCAAUUUCAUGUGGUACAGUGGUUAGUAAGUUGUCACCAUGUAUUGGCUACUUGACCGGAGGUAGUCUUCCAGCUAAUUGCUGUACAGGAGUCAAGUCUCUUUAUCAAGCUGCUCAAACCACUUCUGAGCGUCAAACUGUUUGUGGUUGCUUGAAGAAUGCUGCCAAGUCUAUGACUAAUAUCAAAAUGUCUGUCGCUGCCUCACUCCCCGGAAAAUGUGGUGUUAGCAUCCCUUAUACAUUCAGCGCCUCCAUUGAUUGCUCUAAGGUAAAUUAAAUAUAAAAAUGUUCCAGAUGAGGAUAUGCAAUAAGAUUACCAAGUUAUGAUUAAGAAUAAAGAGCUCUCACAUGCACUUAUGCAAACCUUAGUUAUCUAUCAUUCACUGAUAAUAAGCUUUGCUAGCCAUGUUAUUGUUGUGAUGUCGUUGUUAUUGUACCUAUCAGUUGUUAAUGUCAUUAUCCUACCUCUUACAUAUGAGAAUAAAAACUUGGUUACCAUGUCAUAAUUUUUCAUU